AUGUCCUGCUCCAGCCUGUGUGUCCCCAGCUGCGGGGUGACCGCCCCGGCCCCUCUGGCUGACACCUGCAACGAGGCCUGCGUGCGGCAGUGCCCCGACUCCACGGUGGUGAUCCAGCCCCCGGCCUCGGUGGUCACCUUCCCCGGGCCCAUCCUCAGCUCCUUCUCGCAGCAGAGCUCCGUGGGCUCGGCUGGAGUUCCCUACGUCGGAGGCGGCUUCGGCGGCUCCGCUGGACGCCGCGGGGGCUCCGGCGGCUUUGGAGGUUUUGGGGGCAGCUGCGGCGUCCCCCGAGGCUGCGGGCCCUGCUAA